GCCGGCGGGGUGUGCGGCCGGGGCUGAGCAGACGCCGCGGGCCGAGCGGCGCCGGGCCGGGGAGCGCGGCCUUGGGGGCGCGACGCGGGAGCCCGACGCGGGAGCCCGAGCAGAGGAGCGCGCGGCGGCCCCGGCGAGUGGCGCGGGGCCCGGGAGGGAGCGCAGCCCCGCGCCCAGGAGCCGCGCGAGGACCCCGCACACAAUAGCAGCGCGCGCAGCCCCGCGCCCUUCCCCCGCCCGCGCGCGCACCCUCCCCGCCCCGCCCCGCGCCGCGGAGCUGAGCCGAGCCUAGCCCACCGCCUCACCUGCCGCCGGGAGGGGGCGGGCAUUGUUCCGCGUCCUCGCCGCGCCGCGCCGGGCCGGGCAUGGGGGCUGCGGGGCGUCCCGGGCCGGGCUUGGGGAGCCCGCAGCACCGCCGCUGAGCGGAGGCCAGCCCCGCGCGCAGGUGAGCCCGGCCGCGCCAUGGUGGACCCCGUGGGCUUUGCCGAGGCGUGGAAGGCGCAGUUCCCGGACUCGGAGCCGCCGCGCAUGGAGCUGCGCUCGGUGGGCGACAUCGAGCAGGAGCUGGAGCGCUGCAAGGCCUCCAUCCGGCGCCUGGAGCAGGAGGUGAACCAGGAGCGCUUCCGCAUGAUCUACCUGCAGACGCUGCUGGCCAAGGAGAAGAAGAGCUACGACCGCCAGCGCUGGGGCUUCAAACGCUCCUCGCAGCCCCCCGACAGCCCCGCAGAGCCCCGCACGCCCGCGCCGCGCCCGGACGCCGCCGACCCGCCGGCCCCCGACGAGCCCCUCGAGCCCCGGCCCGACGGGGAGGGCUCCCCGGCCAAGGCCAGGCCCGCGCCCGCCCGCCGGCCCGCGGCCGCUGCACCCGCCGGCGACCGCGACCGCGAGGAGCGGGGACCCCCCACCAGCGUGGCGGCGCUCAGGUCCAACUUCGAGAGGAUACGCAAGGGCCACGGCCAGCCCAGCGCGGCCGAGCCCGACAAGCCCUUCUACGUCAACGUCGAGUUUCACCACGAACGGGGCCUCGUGAAGGUCAACGACAAAGACGUGUCGGACCGCAUCAGCUCGCUGGGCAGCCAGGCCAUGCAGAUGGAGCGCAAGAAGUGCCAGCAGGGCGCGGGGCCCGGCCUGGGGGACCUGCCCAGGCCCUCUCCCCGCGGCCGCGCCUCCGAGGGCAGCUGUGGCCUCGACGGAGACUACGAGGACGCCGAGCUGAACCCGCGCUUCCUCAAGGACAACCUGAUCCACGCCAACGGCGGCGGCAGGCCCCCCUGGCCGCCCCUGGAGUACCAGCCCUACCAGAGCAUCUACGUCGGGGCCAUGAUGGGGGAAGGCGAGGGCAAGGGCCCGCUGCAGCGCAGCCAGAGCACCUCGGAGCAGGAGAGGCGCCUUACCUGGCCCCGCAGGUCCUACUCCCCCCGCAGCUUCGAGGACAGCGGUGGCGGCUACACCCCAGACUGCAGCUCCAAUGAGAACCUCACCUCCAGCGAGGAGGACUUCUCCUCCGGCCAGUCCAGCCGUGUGUCCCCGAGCCCCACCACCUACCGCAUGUUCCGGGACAAGAGCCGCUCGCCCUCGCAGAACUCGCAGCAGUCCUUCGACAGCAGCAGCCCCCCGACGCCGCAGUGCCAGAAGCGGCACCGGCAGGGCCAGGUCGUGGUGUCCGAAGCCACCAUCGUGGGGGUCCGCAAGACGGGACAGAUCUGGCCCAGCGAUGGGGACAGUACCUUCCAUGGAGACACAGAUGCAUCUUUUGGAACACCACCUGGCUACGGCUGUGCCGCGGACCGGGCUGAGGAGCAGCGACGGCACCAAGACGGGCUGCCCUACAUCGAUGACUCGCCUUCCUCUUCACCCCAUCUCAGCAGCAAGGGCAGGGGCAGCCGGGACACGUUGGCCUCAGGGGCCCUGGAUCCCACAAAAACGAGUGAGCUGGACUUGGAAAAGGGCUUGGAGAUGAGGAAAUGGGUCCUGUCUGGAAUCCUGGCUAGUGAGGAGACCUACCUGAGCCACCUGGAGGCACUGCUGCUGCCCAUGAAGCCUUUGAAGGCCGCUGCCACCACCUCUCAGCCAGUGCUGACAAGCCAGCAGAUCGAGACCAUUUUCUUCAAAGUGCCUGAGCUCUACGAGAUCCACAAAGAGUUCUAUGACGGGCUCUUCCCCCGCGUGCAACAGUGGAGCCACCAGCAGCGAGUGGGUGACCUCUUCCAGAAACUGGCCAGCCAGCUGGGUGUAUACCGGGCCUUUGUAGACAACUAUGGAGUUGCCAUGGAAACCGCUGAGAAGUGCUGUCAGGCCAACGCUCAGUUUGCAGAAAUCUCUGAGAACCUGAGAGCCAGAAGUAACAAGGAUGCCAAGGACCAGACGACCAAGAAUUCUUUGGAAACCCUGCUCUACAAACCUGUGGACCGGGUAACGCGCAGCACGCUGGUCCUGCAUGACUUGCUGAAGCACACUCCCUCCAGCCACCCUGACCACCCAUUGCUUCAGGAUGCCCUCCGUAUCUCACAGAACUUCCUGUCCAGCAUCAACGAGGAGAUCACACCCCGCCGGCAGUCCAUGACGGUGAAGAAAGGGGAGCACCGGCAGCUGCUCAAGGACAGCUUCAUGGUGGAGCUGGUGGAGGGGGCCCGUAAGCUACGCCACAUCUUCCUGUUCACCGACCUGCUCCUGUGCACGAAGCUUAAGAAGCAGAGCGGAGGCAAAACCCAGCAGUAUGACUGCAAAUGGUACAUCCCGCUCAUGGACCUCAGCUUCCAGACAGUGGAUGAGUCCGAGGCAUUACCCAACAUCCCCCUGGUUCUGGACGAGGAGCUAGAUACCAUGAAGAUCAAGAUCUCCCAGAUCAAGAAUGACAUCCAGAGGGAGAAGAAAGCAAACAAGGGCAGCAAGGCCAUCGAGAGGCUGAGGAAGAAACUCUCGGAACAGGAGUCGCUGCUCCUGCUCAUGUCUCCUAGCAUGGCCUUCAGGGUGCAUAGCCGCAACGGCAAGAGCUACACAUUCCUCAUCUCGUCUGACUACGAGCGCAUCGAGUGGAGGGAGAACAUCCGGGAACAGCAGAAGAAGUGUUUUAAAAGCUUCUCUCUGACGUCUGUGGAGCUGCAGAUGUUGACCAACUCCUGCGUCAAACUUCAGACCGUGCACAGCAUUCCACUGACCAUCAACAAAGAAGAUGAUGAAUCUCCUGGCCUCUGUGGGUUCCUGCAUGUCAUUGUCCACUCCGCCAGCGGCUUUAAGCAGAGUUCAAAUCUGUACUGCACCCUGGAGGUGGAUUCCUUUGGAUAUUUUGUGAAUAAAGCCAAGACUCGCGUCUACAGGGACACAACAGAGCCAAACUGGAAUGAGGAGUUUGAGAUCGAGCUGGAAGGCUCCCAGACCUUGAGGAUACUGUGCUAUGAAAAGUGUUAUAACAAAAUGAAGAUCCCCAAGGAGGACGGCGAGAACACGGACAGGAUCAUGGGGAAGGGCCAGAUCCAGCUGGACCCCCAGACCCUGCAGGACAGAGACUGGCAGCGAACUGUCAUCGCCAUGAACGGGAUUGAAGUGAAACUCUCAGUCAAGUUCACCAGCAGAGAAUUCAGCCUGAAGAGGAUGCCUUCCCGAAAACAGACGGGUGUCUUCGGGGUCAAGAUUGCGGUGGUCACCAAGAGGGAGCGGUCCAAGGUGCCCUACAUCGUGCGCCAGUGCGUGGAGGAGAUCGAGCGUCGGGGCAUGGAGGAAGUGGGCAUCUACCGUGUGUCUGGAGUGGCCACGGACAUCCAAGCUCUGAAAGCAGCUUUUGAUGUCAAUAACAAGGAUGUUUCGGUGAUGAUGAGUGAGAUGGAUGUCAACGCCAUCGCUGGCACACUGAAACUCUACUUCCGAGAGCUCCCUGAGCCCCUCUUCACUGACGAGUUCUACCCUAACUUCACUGAGGGCAUCGCUCUUUCAGACCCUGUUGCAAAGGAGAGCUGCAUGCUUAACUUGCUGCUGUCACUCCCAGAGGCCAACCUGCUGACGUUCCUUUUUCUUCUGGACCAUCUGAAAAGGGUGGCAGAAAAGGAGACGGUCAACAAGAUGUCUCUGCACAACCUCGCCACAGUCUUCGGCCCCACACUACUUCGACCAUCAGAGAAGGAGAGCAAGCUCCCUGCCAACCCCAGCCAACCCAUCUCCAUGACUGACAGCUGGUCCCUGGAAGUCAUGUCCCAGGUCCAUGUGCUGCUGUACUUCCUGCAGCUGGAGGCCAUCCCUGCCCCAGACAGCAAGCGACAGAGUAUCCUGUUCUCCACCGAAGUCUAAAGAUGCAAUUCCAUCUCCAAGAGGUUGUCAGAGUGGACUGGUAACAGGCCAUCCGCAGAGAGGGAACCACACCUUCUGGAAGAGAUACUGGGCCACUCCAAGGGCCAGUUCAUCUGCCAAGAGACAACUACCCAAGGACAAGGGCUGGGUAGUUCUGGGGCCCCCAGCUUCUCCCUCCAGCCAGGGACUAACUCCCUGCUGGCCUCAGACUGUGCUUUUCCGUGCUGCCACCAGAGGGCGCGCCAAGCUCGCACGACCAAGUGCAGCCCUGGUGGAGGCCUGGCUGGGGGCCAGGUGAAGGGAGUGGUUUUUAUGAACUUAAUUUAUCAGAGUUUAAAAUAUUUCUACUGGAUCACUCAUCAAGAUGCACCCUGUCCAGGGAGAGGGAACCACGACCAGAUUCCCUCAUGAUCGUGUCUUGAAUAAACACUGCUGCUGCUUCAUA